GAAAGACUCCCGAAAACGGAGUGCUGGGCCUAUGCCGCUGGCGUUGGGGGCUACAUGCGCCAUCGGCGCUGGCCUGCUGGGGGCGCUGGCUGCUUCCUCAGCCAAGCUGUCUUUGGGCGCUGAUUACUUGCGGGCUGCUUGCCAAGCCGCCCUCGGGGAAGAGGAGACCACCGGGGAAACCUGUACCUGGGUAUCCAUGAUACUUCGAGUAGUUUGUGGUGGUCUAGUGUUUGUGUGCAAUGCCAUAAUGUGGACUUUCUUUGCUAAAGCUUUAAGAUAUUCCUCCUCCUCAGCUACAGUAACUGUGACAUCAACAGCAUCCAACCUCAUCUUUUCAGCCUUUUUAGGAAGGUUGUUGUUUGGAGAAAUAGAUGACCUGUUAUGGUGGAUCGGAAUAUUCAUUUCCCUUCUUGGACUUCUGUUACUUCACACCUCACCAUCUCUACUAGAACAAGUCUGUCUAAAGGAGAAAAAGAAAUAGAAUGCAACAGGCUUUUAAUUCAUAACACAGGAAAGGAAUAAACAAAUAAAAUAGGACUCCAGAUUUGGUGGAAAUACAGAAUUGCCAUGAUGUACUUAUAGCAGAUAUUGUUAUGCUGGAUACUCAAAAUACUUUAGUCACAGUGACCAUAAACAGAAUUUUGGAAAAAAGGACAGCCAUCAUAUUUGUGACACUUGAGGAAAUUUGGUGAAUAAUUAUCAUAGUUUACCAUGAUCAACUGGAAUAAAGGAUCGUUCACAAUUCUUAAGAAAGAUAUGGUAUUAAAUGCAAUAGGUUUUCCCCUUUUCUGCAUUAAGCUGACUAAUCACAAGAGAGAGUAAGAAAUAAAUCCAAAUUGACUUCUUUUCACAUUACAAAAUAUGUCUACUGUAUGUUGUAUGCUGAUGGAGUUGGCAGUAUUGUAUCCAUGAUAAUGCAGAUUACCAAAAUAAAUAUCAAAUACACAUUUUUAAAUAAUUUACAUCAACAAAAAUAUAAAAGUGAUGACAUCAAUAUGAUUAGACAUGCACUUCCGGUUCCAAAUUGCGGCACUCGCAGCUGUGCGAGGAGACUGCUCUCUUCACCAGCUGAUU